UUGCAAACUAGCUUCCGCCAGCAGCUUUGCCCGCGUUUUCCUCAGGAAAUGUACAUUUUCCCAGGAUUUAUAAUAUUAGUAGGUAGUAGGAUAGGUACCUAGGAUAUAGUUGAACGUUACAGAUGUACUUAGCCUUUUUUUAUUUACGUUUUUUUUUACUAACAAAAUACGUAAGGCCAUUUUAUUUUAUUUAAUUUUUAUUGCAAAUGUAGAUGUUUGAACAGAUGUACUAAACCUUUUUCAUUUAUUUGUAUUUUUUUACUAACAAAAUACUUAAGGCUAUUUUUUUUUAUUUGAAACUUAUUUCAGAUCAGCAAGAGACAGCUACGGCGAUGAUGCUAUUGGUUAUGUUCAAGUAAAAAGAGUAGGUGAUGUAUGUACGGUUAAAUGUAGAAUCACGCCAGAACACCGCGUACGUACCACACCUUAUCAUUGCAGUUUAGAAUGCAAUGAAAAGGAUCAAGAAGUAUUAAAUGUAACCUGCGAAGAUUGUGCCGCCAGCAAAGGUGGCUGUAAACAUACUAUAGCAUUUUUAAUGUGGCUACAUCGUCGAAGUGAGGAGCCUUCAACGACUGCUACCAAGUGUUAUUGGAAAAAAUCUAAGCUCUCAGGUGUUGGUACCACACUGAAAAUGAUUAAAGCUAAAGAUUUUGGUACAAGUGGUAUAAUACUUCAUUUAGCCGCUCAGAAUGAAAAUAUUUUUUUUGACAAAGUAGCAUUAAAACUUAGAGAGCUUCAAAUACAGUGUUCUCUUUCACAAUUUAUAUGCGAAAAAAAAGAAGUUGAAAAGAUGUCUAUUUAUUAUUUAAUUAAUCGUUUCAAAAAAUCCUGUGUUGAUUUUGACGUCAAAAAUUUUAUAACAUUUUGUAAGAACGAAAUGACGGAAUCAAGAUGUCUUCAAGUAAAAGAGGGAACAAUAGCUCAAUCAGAUUCAAAUUUGUGGUUUGAGAUGCGCUACGGACGUAUAACAGCUUCAAAAAUGCACGAAGCUGCUCAAUGUACAACAAAAGAUGGUUCUUUAGUUGAAGAAAUAUUUGGUGCUGUAACUUUUAAUGAAACGAAUGCUAUCAAAAGAGGAAAAAUAUUAGAAUAGGAUGUCAUUAAGGAAGUCGCGAAGGUACACAAUAUAAAGAUAGUGGAAUCUGGUCUUUUUUUAAAGAAUGAAUGGCCUAUGAUUGGUGCUUCGCCUGACGGGCUUAGUGAUGACUGCGUUAUAAAAGUAAAGUGUCCCACCAAUGCAAACACUUUUAAUGCGUACUAUAGUAAAGGUAAACUAGGUAAAAAAUAUUAUGCUCAGAUACAAACACAAAUGCAAAUGACCGGAAAAAGAAAAGUCCUAUUUUGUAUUGCACACGUUGACUUUGAAACCUCAAGGAAUGUUGAUGUGCAUGAAGUAGUUUAUAACAAAAAAUAUUGUGAUGACCUUUUUGAAAAAUGUGUAAAUUUUUGGAAGGAAAAUAUUUUUGACAAAUUAAUAAAAUAAUAUUGUCAUAAUGUAAUAUAGUUUUAUUAAAACUCUAUAAAUAACACAAACAUUGGUGGAAAAUGGAACGUACGUAGCCUCAAAAUUUUAUACUUUUAAUACAAAUAAAUAAAUUUAAAAGUACAGUGUAAACUCUAUGUAACGUCACUCGUUUUAACAACAAACUCCAUACCCUCCGCCAUACCCUGGUGAAAUAAAAUUUAUUAACCCGUCAGGUGUUAUGGAUAUUAAAUAUUUUAUUGUGUUACAGUUUUUGUAAUCCGACCACGUAAGUGCUUGCUUUACGGCAUCAACAGGCUUUUCAAUUUGAAUCUCAAAACAGUCGAUAAUGCUUUGAACCUGAUUGUAAUUUUUUCUAAAUGGAAUAGGUAGAUUCAUCUGGACAUCCGAUGAAGGUGGAAAGUAUACAAGUGAUUUAAGUACAGACGCUAUAGCCGGAACAGUAACUCUUAUGAUUUUAGUAACAGAACUAGUCGACAAACCAAAAUCCAAGGCCAGAAUAGUAUUAGGUUGAUACAAGCGUAUUUUUUUUAAAGUUAUCAUUAUAUUUCGCGGAGAACAUUUUGUUGUUUCAGAUAACAUAUUAAUACAAAAAUAGCAUUCUUUAGGUAAACCUAACAACAGUUGUGGUUCUCUAGAUAUGGAUAAAAGAGCAGCCUUUUGCAUAUAGUUUCUAAAAAUAAGUAUUUCGCAUUCCGGUUCCGAAUCUGAAUCUUCAUUAGGAUUCUUUGAUUCUUGAUCAAGGUUAAACAUUUCAUGUGAAGAGGCGUUUGAAGAUGUGUCGUUCAUACUAUUAAAUGAUACUGCAUCUGGCAAAAAUUUUACUUUCCUCUUUUUUUUUAAAUAUUUGUUAACAGUCAUGGUUGAUUUAUGGACACUCAUAACUUGCAGGUUUACUUGCACUCCUUUACUUUUUUUUGAUAUUUCUAAACAAUAAUCAUUAUUGCCAAAACUUAAUGGAUCUUCUAUUAUUAUUUCAUCUUCACAGUUAGUAACAAAUAUCUCUUCAGGUUUUUCUAACGUCGAAGUUUCAUCUUUAUUUAAUAAUUUCUCAAAAUAUUCUAUACGAUUACGUUUUUGCACUGCAGAUCUCUGAGGUUUAUCUUCCUUUUCCCGUUGAUUUGAAUUUGUGUGGAACUAUACCCAGUUUUAGUUUAAUUCUUCCCCCGACCAACUUAUAUUUAGUAUAGUUCUCCAUAUCAUCCUCAAUCUAAAACAAGAAAAAAUCUUAUUAGCCAUCUACACUUAGCCUACGUGAGCAAAGCAAUAGGGACAAUCUAGUAUAGAUUAAAACUUGUAUAGAAAACGCAAAACAGCUGCAUUGUUCUCAAGAUAUUAUAAUAUAUAAUACUAUGUAAAAAUAUAACGGAAAGUUCUGACACCGAAGGUUGUACACCUCUGACCAGAUUUUAUAUUUAUAGGUAUUAAAUGAAUGUAAACUACAAAAUAGUAUAAUACUAAUGUCUUGUUCAUUAUAAGAUGAAAAUAAUUAUUAUUACUUAUGUACCUAUAUAGAAUAUGAUCACUAUACUUACGUCGAAAUGGUCUUCACAACAAUAAACUGUACUCUUAUCUCCAAACGGAUCUAAUCUUUUCAUAGCUUUUAUCCAUUUUUUCGCAUUUUAACGUCCUUAGGAACUAUAAAAAACAACU